AUGGGGACCGUUUCAAACGUUUUAUAUUUAGUCCUAUUCUUCCGUAUUGCCCUCGAACUUGGUUCUAUUAAUGCUUCCAGAUUUAAGUUUACCAACUUUGUGUGUGAUUCAGUGAAUGAAACUUGGCUGGCCGUGCAUCAGUGUCGUUUAAAGGCAAUUCGAAGGGGCACAACGACAUUGAGUUUUAAUGGAACGGUGCUUAAAAAAGUCUCAAAGUUUCGAGUCCAUGGCCAAAUUUUCAAGCGGGCCAAUGGCUUUAAGCCGUGGCUCUACAACAUCUCCUUUGAUGGUUGUCGAUUUUUGCGAAAGCCCUAUGAACCGCCAGUCAUCAUUGUUUUUAAUCUAUUAAAAUCCUUUUCUAAUUUGAAUUUCACAUGUCCCUAUAUGGGUCCAGUGUAUAUAAUGGGAUUGCACAUCAUAGGAGAACAGAUUCCGGUGCCACUCCCCACUGGGGAAUACUUAAUACAGAUAAAAUGGUACAUUGGUAAGACACUUUUCCUAUCGACGGGCAUACGAUUUGCCUUUGAGGAGAACUUCUCAUCUUAUUAAAUGUCUCCCAGCAAAUUUUAAUCUUCUUAUCGAUGUAAAUUAACUGUUGUAAUAAAAAGAGUAAGCUGUUGUUUAUGCGAUCAAAAAGUCGCUAUGA